AUGAAUUAAUGAACAACGUCACAAAACACUCGCUAAUGGGAUGGGUCAGGUGCUCGAUAAGGAAGAUGGUCAAAGUAUAUUUGGGAAAACAUGACUAAAAUCAAAUAUCUACCAUGGAUACAUUUAUAUCUGACAGAGAAGUAAUGGCAGAAGAGGCUGAUGAUGCUAUUUCAGUCGUUGACGUGUACGACCAAGCCGCGUCAAUUGGCAAAGAAUUCGAAAGAAUGAUAGAAACAUUCGGUGUCGAAGCAGUAACAGAUUUGAUGCCAAAAGUGAUCAAAGCAUUAGAAAAUUUAGAAUCAUUAGCAGCUAGAUACGAACGUGAGAAUACAGAAAUAACGGAACUCAGGACAACAAUUCAAAAAUUGGAAUCUGAAAAAAACGAAAAGGCACAAGAAAGAAUGAAAUAUGAAGAGGAGCUUGAACAGAUAGAAGAAAACUGGCAUAGAGAGACAAAAGACCUAUACAAUUCUAUUAAUAGGUUAGAAAUUGACAACAGAAGGUUAAAAGAACAUCUACAAAGCCAGACUGUAGCUGUUAAAGAGGAAGUAGCUGCUGUAACUAAACAAACUGAGGAAAAAGAAAUUGAAGUUCUGAUGAAGUUAAAAGAUACUGUUGACAAGCAGAGAGAUGAUCUAAGGAAACAAAAAAGAGACCUGAGUCAGAAAAGUAUAGAUUGUGAAGCACUACAGACACAAUUAGAACAAGUUGUGAAAGUGAAUACAGAACUACGUAAGAAAAACACAACACAUAAAAAACAAUCUAGAACUUUGUUAGAAGAAAAGAGUGAGUUAGAGGCUCAGCUUGUAGAUAAAGAACAACAAAUCCAUCAGAUACAGGAAAUAAUGAGAGAUCAAGAGUCUCAGGAAGAAGAUCGAGUAGACACACCCACUCAGGAAAAGCCCAACCCACUGAGAGAAGUUGAAGUAGAUGAAGAGCCACAUCAAAAGAACUUACAUGAAGAUAUUAUUGAACAUUCCGUAGACAAUUUCAUUCCAAAUGAUGAACCUACUGACGAAAGUUUUGAAAAAUUACAACAAAAACUUAGUAUGGUUGGCAAAAUGGUGAUUGACUUAAAAGAUCCAAACCGUCCUCGAUUUACAUUAAAUGAAUUAAGAACUGUUUUAUUGGAGAGAAAUGAACUUAAAACAAAACUUAUAGCAGUAGAGGAAGAAUUAGCUGAUUAUAAACCAAAACCUGCUAACCAGUUAAUGACCAGUUUUGCAUCAGAUGGGGAUAGUGCUGAUGACACAAAGUCAAAUGAUUCAUACACUGGUGAGGAACUUCCUGUAUAUGGGCCAAUCAACAAAGAACCUUACGAAAAGCUCUAUCCUGGAAGACGAAGAGAGUCCGGCAUUAGAAAAUUUUUCAGAUCAUUGUUUGGAACAUCACCAUCAACCUCUCCUGUACAUGUUCAAGAAAGAAGACGAACCCAUCAACACUGACGGGACCAGGCAAAUGAUGAAUGCUUUUAUGACUUUGAAGUCGAUGUUGCCUUUGAUUGGGCACAUUUCCAAGAUGGUAUCUCGUUGUCAUGGGACAUAUAGUCUCUAAACUGUGAUAUUGCUGCAGAAAAUACUCUCCAUAUCACAAGAAAAUAUUAAUUUUGAUUAUAUCUCAUUUGUUUCAGUCAAGGGAGGUUAUUCUUUUAGAAUUUCAAGUAUACCAUAGGUAUCAUUUUAUAAGCUCUAGGGAACAGAAUAAUUUGUAAUGGGGACGUGCAAUAGAGUUGUUGAAACCAUGCUUGUGAAUUAUUGAAUUAUCUAAUGAAAACUAAGAGUUAAAUGAAUUUAUGAUAUUCCAUCUGAAGAAAUUGCUUGUGUCUAAGAAAAUAAUCAACACAGCUUCUUUAAAAUUAGUUAUUAUAAUCAUAGUUUGGCCCAAAAUAAGAAUUAUUAAGAAGUCUAUUAGUAAACAAAUGAAAAGAGAUUUCUUCACAUCAGUUUUGUAGAGUUAAAAGUUACCAUUUACAUUUUAUUUUCCAAAAACAUUACAGUUAAUUAUUCAGUUUUAUUCUUUGCUUAAUGAUUGAAGAUUGAUUAGUCAAAAUUUGCAAGGUGGUGUGUUAGGGCAAGGGCUUGUAUAAUGGUAAAUAUGGUACAUACUUCUUACAAAAUGUAUAAUCUUCAGACAAUUUUUUCGAUCAAAGAGUCAACAGGUUCAAUUUUUAUUAUAUAUGUUUGACCUUUAUGUCAACCAGAAUAUAAAUGAAAUCAUACGUAAGUUUCUAUGGUAUAUUUAUUUAUGGUAUGGGCAGUAUGAUACUGUCCGUGCAGAUUUUAUUUUAACUUUGUUGACAUAAAAUAAUACUUUGGCUGGUUCCAACUGUUUAAUUUAGAAAAAAAACUAAAAAGUGGAUUUUUUUUCCAAAUAUUUAUUUUUAACUGGAAUAGUUUUCUAUUCUGAAAUUUCAGUUAUAUUGUCGCGAUUUAAAAAAAAAAUGUUAAGAGGGGAUAAAAGUAGGAAUGUCGUGUUUACAUAUUGAUAAACCAGUUUGAGAUUUUUAAUGACGAUAAUAUUUUCUAUAUGAUCCUAGAAAAGAUAAGGGUAUAAAAGUAAAAUCUCUGGUUUCCUCAAGUUGUUGUAGAAUAAUACGCUCAAUUUGUAAGGAAUUAUUCAAACAUGGUGCAUUACAGUGAUGGUCAAAUAAUUAUUCAAAUAUCGUUUUAUUUUGGUGGCGCCUUUGUUUUAAGAUGUUUGUUUAACAGACAGAUAGAAUGAUUAUUGUUGUAUAAUGUUAACAAUUUGAAUUAAAAAUGGCUACUUAGUUUUGUACCGGAAUACACUUUCAGCGAUAUCAGUUUGUCAUCAACCAAUGAGUUUGAAUAUCCCUAUGAUGUCAUCAGCCUCUCUUUCACUCAUUAACAAAGUUUAAUUCUAUUAAAAGUUGUUUAUUUUUAUAUUAGGUUAUUUUUGUAUUAACUGCAACUAAAUAUUUAUAAAACACAUCUAUAGCGUUUUGACUUACUAUUAAAGUAAAUUAGUACAUAUAUAUAUGUAUAUAAAAGGCUCAAACUUAUACACAACUAAUAGUCAAUAGAAUAGAAAAUACUUAUUGUUGAUAAAAUUAUAAAUACUGCAGCUGUCCUAUUUGAGCAGUCAAAUUGCAUUGACUGUAUAUUUAUAUGUGAUAUACAGUCACUGACCGUAUAUCACCUUGUUUAUGACGUUGACAAUGCGUUUCCGUAGAGUUUUAUUUAUGACGUCAAUAAAACAUACUGGUUCGCGGAAAUUUUAUGUCGUCCGCUUCAAAUUAAAAAAAUGAUGUUUUUUACCCUAAAUAUUUCACAGUUUAAGAGUUGCAGCAUAUAAAGAAUAACCAUACAUUGUCUUGAAAUAUCAAUCGGUUAUUUGUACUCGGCUCGAAACAGGUAGAAAUGCUCGGCACAGCCUCGCUUUCUACCUGUUUCUAAGCCUCAUACAAAUAACAUUGAUAUUUCGAGACAAUGUAUGAUUAUUCUAUAUAAAUGUACCACGCAUAUAAUAUAUAUAUUAUUUGUCUUUUUAUUUUAUUUUCAAAAAGAAAAAGGUUGAUUCAGGGUUAAAUUAAAGGGAAAGAGGUUGACAUGCAUUCCCUGUAAAUAAAUGUAUAAACCACACGUAUAUCUUUUGUACUAGGAAGGCAAUAUUUUAUUUUUAGUCGCCAUCUUACUUCAAGCCAUGAAUCUAUAUCUGGCAUUCUUAAAUUAGUACUAAAAUUGUAGUUUUGUAAGAAAAAUCAGGUUGUGCGUAUAUAGGCAUUGUUUUAUAUAUGGAAGUGUUUAACGACCUUGACUGGCUUUUCAGCCCUCGCACGGUAUUGUUUUAGUAAUUUUAAUGCAUCUUAUAUACUGCAUGGAAUGUUUUAUUCAAUGACAAUGACUAAGGUACAUGUAUGUUAAUAUGUCCCAUGACAACCAUUGUCAUAAAAACAUUCUGAUGCAUUGUGGGACCAGAUUUGCAACAAGCAUAUCAAAAUACUCAUAAAACAGUUUGUAUGAAUGGAAUGGAUAAAAGAUUUGUACAUUUUGCUUGUGUUUUGUAUGGAAAAAUAAGAAGUUCAUUUUUGUUCAUUUAAGCAAAGCAGCUUUAUAUUACUUCAUUUUGACAGGGUUCGUUACUUUUAAUGGCACACAAUCAUGAAUUAGCAGUUUGAUAACAGAAAAUGGAAUUUUCCAUUUAAUUAUUGAUAUGGAAUAACAACCAAAUUGUAACUUCUAUAAAUUUCUGGAGUCUAAUUAAAAAAUCGAUAUUCAUAAAGGGACUUAAAGUGCUGUGAAUUUUGCUUGCAGUUAUUUAUUGAUAUAGAGCUAAAAUGUGCCAAUAUACCUCUAUGUUUUAUCCCAUUUUAUUUUGUUGAUGUUAUAAUGGAAAUGUAAUAGUUGCAAAGUUUUAUUUUAUGCCCAACUUCGGGGCAUUAUGUUUUUUGAUCUGUGCCUCCGUUCAUUUGGCUGUUCCACUUCAGGUUAAGAAUUGGGAAAAGUUUUUGGCCAAGGUAGUUUUUGAUGUUCUAAUUGGGUCCUACUAAAAUGCGCCCGGGUGAAGAAAAAGUGCCUGGGGAAGAACAAAUAGGGCAUGGGGGGAAAGAAAAUGAGCCUGGGGAAAAUUAAUAAAUAUUUUAU